CUUUCCAUUGAAAUUGGAACAGAAGUUAAGAACCAAAAUAAAAUGUUAUCAGAAAUGGAUAACGAUUUUGACUCUGCGGGUGGACUUCUGGGUGCAACAAUGGGCAGACUGAGAGCACUCUCCAGAGGAAGCCAGACAAAGCUGUUAUGCUACAUGAUGCUCUUUGCAUUGUUUGUUUUUUUUGUAGUAUACUGGAUUAUUAAACUAAGGUGA